GCAGCCGCAGCCGCAACGUAGGAGCGCGCGGCCGCGAGCAAAGGAGGGAGGGAAGGAAGGAAGAGAGGGAGGCAGGCAGGCGGGCGCGGGGCUCGGGGACUGAGGCGGUAGAGGGAAGCGAGAGCCCGGCAGCCGCUUCGCGCUGUGUUUGCUGCGCGGGCUUUUGGAGGGGCGGCCGUGGAGUCGGCCGAGGAGAAGCGGACACCGGCGGCGUUGGUGUUGGCGCCUGGGGGCGGGGGACUGGGGAGGCGAGAAGGGGGGUCGCUGCGGUGCUUCUCUCGCUGUCGCGCUCUCCUUGCCUUUCUCCCGGCUCGGUGGGCUCCUCCCGGCGUCUCCUUUGCCUCCGGGGCCCCGAUCCCCGCCCCCCGCGGUAUGUCUUGAUCCCGAGCAGCGGGUUUCAUGGGGCUCCUCAGGAUUAUGAUGCCGCCCAAGUUGCAGCUGCUGGCGGUGGUGGCCUUCGCAGUGGCAAUGCUCUUCUUGGAGAACCAGAUCCAGAAACUGGAGGAGUCCCGGUCGAAGCUAGAAAGGGCUAUUGCAAGACAUGAAGUUCGAGAGAUUGAGCAGCGACAUACGAUGGAUGGCCCUCGGCAAGAUGCAGCUUUAGAUGAGGAAGAAGACAUGGUGAUCAUUUAUAACAGAGUCCCCAAAACUGCAAGCACCUCUUUUACCAAUAUUGCCUAUGACCUAUGUGCAAAGAAUAAAUACCAUGUUCUUCACAUCAACACUACCAAAAAUAAUCCAGUAAUGUCACUGCAAGAUCAGGUGCGCUUUGUAAAGAAUAUAACUUCCUGGAAAGAGAUGAAACCAGGGUUUUAUCAUGGGCACAUUUCUUAUUUGGAUUUUGCAAAAUUUGGUGUGAAGAAGAAGCCAAUUUACAUUAAUGUCAUAAGGGAUCCUAUUGAGAGGCUAGUUUCUUACUAUUACUUUCUGAGAUUUGGAGAUGAUUAUAGACCAGGGUUAAGAAGACGAAAACAAGGGGACAAAAAGACCUUUGAUGAAUGUGUAGCUGAGGGCGGCUCAGACUGUGCUCCAGAGAAGCUCUGGCUUCAAAUCCCAUUCUUCUGUGGCCACAGCUCGGAAUGCUGGAAUGUAGGAAGCAGGUGGGCUAUGGAUCAAGCCAAAUAUAACCUAGUUAAUGAGUACUUUCUGGUGGGAGUUACUGAAGAGCUUGAAGAUUUUAUCAUGUUAUUGGAGGCAGCUUUGCCCCGGUUCUUCAGGGGUGCUACAGAGCUCUAUCGUACAGUAGGAAAGAAAUCUCAUCUUAGGAAAACCACAGAGAAGAAACUCCCUACUAAACAAACCAUUGCAAAACUACAGCAAUCUGACAUUUGGAAAAUGGAGAAUGAGUUCUAUGAGUUUGCACUAGAGCAGUUCCAAUUCAUCAGAGCCCAUGCUGUACGAGAAAAAGAUGGAGACCUCUACAUCCUUGCACAGAACUUUUUCUAUGAAAAGAUUUACCCUAAAUCGAACUGAGUACAAGGUGUGGCAGUUAGAUUCUUGAACUACAACUUUGACCCUGUCUUCACCUUAGUUCUCAGCUCCACAACUUGGAUUGCUGAUGGGUGUGUAAGAUAAUUUGUAUUGAACUGAGUUAGGAUACAGAGAGUGACGUCAAGGAAGUAGAUUCUGGCUGACAUGUCAGUGGUCUAGGAAGUUUAGGUUUCAGCCUUUUUUUUUUUUUCUGUCUAAAUUUUGGUGGGAGUUAUAACCUGCCUGAACAAAACCUACACAUCACCUAAAAUAAACACAUAGCAGGUCUAAUUGAAGGCUAAAUAAUGAAAUACAAUUUCAGAAAAAGUUCUGAUACUCUGUUUUUGAUAAAGCAUUUUUUUCAACUAACCAUCAAUGAAGAUGAAUCCAUUUGCUACUUCCACCUUCACCUGGAGGUUUGGGUUAUACACCUCUACUGGAUAGUGUUAUUAACUGUUUGGCGAUGUGUACUUUGUUUCUGUGAAUCACGUCCCAUGAAAUUCACUGAAAUGUUUGAUCACGUUUGCUAAGACUGUAUCUGCUGUAGUUGGAACUGCCCGUAUUUAUGUAGGUCAUUUUAAUUUUCUUAAAAAAAGUGAUGAUUAGUGUUAAAAAUCAAUUUAAACCAUUAUUAAUACUGUAAAAAGAAUCAAAGCAGUAUUUCUCAUUCCUGUCUCCCCAGUAUCUAAGAUUGGGGAAACACUUCAAAGAAUGUUGACAUUGCCUGAAGUUUUGGUUAAGGCUUCCACACAUUAAUAUCAAAAAAGUAAGUUUAGUAUUUGUUUCUCCAUGGGUUAUUUGUAAAGGUGUAAACUGAGGUAUUGGUGAGUCCAUAUUAUAACUCCAUUUAGUGAGCUGUGGUAUGGGUAGGAUUUUCCUACUUCUUCUGUACUUUUACUUGUAGACUAUUUUUACUAAGGUGCUUUAUAAUGUGUUUUAAAGCAUUGCAUUUACAAAAAAAAAUGGAAAAUGCUGUAAAUACUGCAUAUUUUAUGUAUUUGGACCAAAAGAUUAUAAGUAAUUAGACAAAAAGUGGUUUUGCACCAAUUUUAUUAUGUCAAGUAAAACCAUCAGACCUACUGUUCUUGUAUUUUUCAUUUAACUUUACUGUUAAGACAUCACUGCAGUGAACUUCAAUAACCUUUCAAUUUUGAUACACAGUACAUUAUUCAUAAUUGGGGGCAGUAGUUAUAGUGGAAAGAGUACUGGAUGAGGAGUCAGAAAACUUGAUUUCUUGUCCUGGCUCUGCCACUUACCAGCUGUGUGAUCUUGGGCAAGUCACUUAAUCGCUCUCUGCCUCAGUUUCCUCAUCCUGCAGUGAGGAUGAUAAUACCUGUCCUACCUACCUCACAGGGGUGUUGUGAGGAUUAAAUGAGAUGGCAUGUGAAAGCACUUUGAAACUGUAAGGCGCUAUAUAAACGUAAGGUAUUAUGGAAACAUCUUUAACAUAUAGUUUCAUACCAUUCAUUUUUUAACAAAGAAGAAGGGUCCACCUAUAAGCUGGUUGAAAAAACAGUUAAUCUCUUGAUAUAAAUUUGUGUUUAAUAAAU